UGGAGAGUCUCCGAGAAGAUCGAGCCCGGCGACAAAUGGGCAGACCUCCGUCUCGACUGGGACCGAGAUUACCGGCUCAAACACAAGAAGCACGACGGCCACUGUUCGGAGAAGUUGACGAUCUCCAUCAAGGGCCCUUCUUCCGACGAGAUCGCCGUGACAGAGGUGCUCGGAAACACACUCUCCGAGGCAGAGUGCAGGCGUCUCGCGCCCAACAAGGGCGCCGGGUACCCCCUCAAUACCUGCUUCGCAAGGUACAAUCGCGAAAAGUUCGGCCCCUUCCACCCUGAGCGGACGACAACACCAGUCAUUGGUAAAGCGCCCGAACCGAUCUACAGAGUGGACAAGGCCCCGCCCGAGCUACAGUGCUGGAAGCUACACGAAGCCGUGGAGGAGAUAUACAUGAAGGGACACGACCCGCGGGACCUCUUCGGCGCCCCCAUCCCCGCCCUCACGCAUUUCCUGAGGUUCAGGAGCGCCGAUGUCGCUGACAAGCAGAUUGCCAACAAGGUGCAGCUUGGCCACAACAUCGGCGCAGCCCACCGCUGCCGCGCUGCGUCUGCCCUUGGCACGGCCAUCCAAGGCCCCGACACCUCCGACACCGGCCACCCUGGAACGGUAGGAUUUCCUGCCAUCAGCACGAACGACAUCGACGAGAGCGUCGGGCAGGUCUUUCAGCGCCCAAGGGCAGUCCCGACCGCUUCCCAGCUCGACCGCACGACCGCGGCUCUCUCCUUCAACGACCUCUCCAGGCAGGUUCUCCACUCGUGCAACUCCCACUAG